CAUAUAACCUGCAAUGAGUUAUACUGCAAGUUGUUGGUUGGUGAAAAGUGAUUUGUUUUAAUUAGAUUAUUAUUUAAUUUAUGAGUCGCAGUUGUACUAUUUCCUGCUGGAUAUUGAUGAAUUUAGUGAAGACAAAUAUCGAAUCGUAUUUAGUUCAAAUUAGACGGAAAUAUGAAACUAUGGAUCGUAUUUAUGCAUGUGCUGCUGGUAAGUUGCUCUGUGUGGGCUAACUAUCAGGAUCAGCAGGACAACGAGUUUGCCGAGUUUGAGGAAUUCGAGUCGGACGAUGCUUUCGUGCAGUCGACAGGCGCUGAAAAUCUAAUGAAGGAACCCGAACCUAUUGAUGCAGACAAUAUAUUCAUAACUGAUGAUGAUGAUGGCGAUAUCAUAAUAAAUGAUGAUUCCGAAUUUGAGCAUUUCCAAGACACUGAAGAGUUUGAGGGUUUUGCGGAGAGCAGGGAGGAAAAAAUUGAGGUAGAACCAAAAAUCACCAUAACUAAAGUGCCAAUUCACUUCCGCGCCAAUUGGGAUAGCUACUGGUUGGAAAUCCUAAUGGUUACUGGUUUGAUUGUGUAUUUCAUCAAUUUUGCUACUGGAAAAUCCAAGAAUACAAUGCUUGCCAACACUUGGUUCCAGAGCCAUAAGCAAUUAUUAGAAGAUAAUUUCACAUUAGUUGGUGAUGAUGGUGCUUUAGAACACAUUAAAGAAUCUGGUGGAUUGCUGAAAGAGAGUGAAAACACUUUCACGCUUUGGUGCAGUGGGCGCACAUGCUGUGAAGGGAUGUUAGUGGAAUUAAAGUUGAUAAAGAGGCAAGAUUUGGUGGCUGUUAUCUCUGGAAUGAUGCGUCCAACAUUGGAUCAGGUGCACAUCAAAGUUACAAUGGAUUCGGAUGCAAUGGAGCCUUUUGUAUUCUGUGUAGCAUCAAAAAAGACUGCCACUCAUGUCUCGAAGGAAACAAACGAUAUCAGCGUUUAUUGUCCGGAAAGGAAGUCUGGUGAACGGUACAAUAUCCCCUCGAAUUUCCAAGUUAUGAGCGAGAUUUUGGAAGCCACCUCGGCAAUGCUCGACUCUAAAGUAACGGCCAUCCUAAAUAAGUACACCGAUCUGGUAGAUUAUAUUCACAUCUCCGAUCAAUACUCUGGAGCCAAGCAGACUGAAGACACUGGCGCACUCAAAUUACCUGAAGUGAAAAAAGUUUUACUAUUCGGAUUUAAUAUGCCUGUAAAGGGUAUGUCGCCGACCGAGGCUGUCGAACAGCUUAAGCCGUUAAUGGUACUGGUAUUCUAUUGCAUCGAGAAAGUGAAGAGAUUUAGGCUAUCAAAGGAGAGUAAGACUAAGGCUGAUAAGAAUAGGCUCAGGGUAGAAGAGGUCUUUUUGAAAUCGACGCAUGCAGCACGAGCGGAGGCCGCCGCUAACCGGCGCGAGGAAAAGCGUCGUCUCGAAAAGGAGAAGGUAAUGGCAGAAGAAGAUCCAGAACGUCAAAGGCGUUGGGAAGAAAAGGAUCAAAAGAGGCAAGCCAAAAAGAGGGCUCCAAAAAUGAAGCAGCUGAAGGUGAAGGCACUUUAAAAGAACAUCAAUUAGUAAUCCAAGAUGUCAGUAGAUGCCAAAUUUAAUUUGUCUUGUCCCAAGAUGUUUAUUUUUCUUUUUUUAAUUAUUGUAACUUAAAGUUACAUUGUUGUUUGCAGAUUGUAUAAUUUGUUUAUUUAGAAGUGCGGGAUAAAUAAGUUGAGAUAAC